GGGGCGCGGGGCUCGGGCCCCGGAGGAGGAGGGAGCGGGGGGGGGGGGCGCAGGGGGCGCGGGCCGGGCGGGGCAGCAGCGGGCGGCGGGCGGGCGGCGCAUUGUCUGGCGGCGGGAUGGAGCCGCGGGCGCUGGUCACGGCGCUGAGCCUGGGCCUCGGCCUCUGCGCGCUGGCGCUGCUGCUCACGGCCAUCUGCAGCGACCACUGGUACGAGACGGACCCCCGGCGCCACAAGGACGGUUGCGCGCGAGGCCGCGGGGACCCUGAGCCCCCAGACCAGCGGAGCCGCCUGAUGCCGCUGCUGUCUCACCUGCCACUGCGGGAUGCGCCCCCAGCCCCCCGCCGCCCGCCCCCCGGGGCCCCAGGCCAGCACCCCCAGCCUGGGCUUGGCGCGCUGGACAGCGCCUGCGGACGCCAGCUCUUUGCCACCUACGCCGGGCUCUGGAGAAAAUGCUACUUCCUGGGCGUCGACCGAGACCUGGACACAUUGGUGCUGAAAGGAAUCGCCCAGCAGUGCACAGCUAUCAAAUACCACUUCUCUCAGCCCAUCCGCCUCCGCAACGUCCCCUUCAACCUGACCAAGACCAUCCAGCAGGACGAGUGGCACCUGCUCCACCUGCGGAGGAUCACUGCUGGCUUCCUGGGCAUGGCUGUAGCUGUCCUACUGUGCGGCUGCAUUGUGGCCAUGGUCAGCUUCUUUUGGGAAGAGAGCCUGACUCAGCAUGUGGCUGGACUCCUUUUCCUCAUGACAGGCAUCUUCUGCACCAUCUCGCUGUGCACCUACGCGGCCAGUGUGUCCUAUGAGCUGCAGCGGCCACCCAAGCUCCUGUUCAGCCUGCCGGCUGGUGUGGACCACGGCUACGGCUGGGCUGUCUCCUGUGCCUGGUGCAGCUUGGGCCUCGUGGUGGCAGCUGGUGGCCUCUGUGUCGCCUCCCCCUGCAUCAGUCGGACCAAGCUGGCACACCUCAAGGCUGGCCGGGACUCCUCUGUGUGACACUGCCACCUGCCAGGGCCUCCAAGCACAAGCCCAUGAUGUUGACAUUCCAGCCACCCAGCACCCCCACCCCCAGGACGGGACAGGGCGGUGGCUCCAAGUGCUUUAAGGAUUCUGUCUGCCAUGACUGUGAGACUGGCAGGACCUGCCCAGGGGACACAGGCGGGGUGGCCCUGCCAGACUGCCAGCCACGUGUCUGGAGGGUGACCGGAAUCCUCUCUCUGCACAAAGCUCCCUGAGAUAGCCAGGCUCCAUCCCUGGUCACCACGCCGGGCCUGCCACACCCCCAUGCUGCAGCUUCAUCCUCAGUGACAUCUUCCUUUGAUACACACACACACACACACACACACACACACACACACACACACACACCCCACUGACUUCCUGACUUCUUUGUCCAUGGGAGUUGUCUUUGCCGUCUUGGUUCGAGAAGCAGGGACACUCUGUGAUUCUAUGUGGCAUUGUUUCAGCCCCUGUCUGUAUGUGACCUUGUCUGCAUUAAACUGCUGCCCCCUUGUUA